AAUAACAUAAUGUAUUUCCAGAUCGAAAAUACUCCGGAACAUGUAAAAAGAGCCCGGAGAGCUAAAAAAGCCCCCCCUGUGUCGCCUAAAGAAGAAUGUCCACGUUUGAUACUGGCUCCCUUCUCCAGACCGCCGCAAGUCGUUUUCGACAAUGUUCUCAUCGGCUCAUCAUGCGAAAAAUAUUUGGAAGUUUUCAAUCCGUCCAAACAAAUUCAACAGAUAACAUUAAACAAAGCUUUACCUCCUGGAUUGAUUAUCGAAUUGCCUGGAGAAUGGCUUGUUCUGGAACCAGAGACAUGCUAUUGUUUGAGCAUGGUGUGGUCUCCGACACAACCUAUAGCUCUACGGGAGACAAUUAGGUUCACUAAUGAAAACAGAGGCAGAUAUGAUGUCAUCGUUGUUUUGAAAUCUGUAAUGGCUAUCAAAGCAAAGACUAAAGGUUUCAAGACCUCUCCAGGGAAGAUAAAAAAGAAGUCAUUGAAAAAAUCUCCAGUAAAUAUCACAAAAAAGAAAGUAGAAGUAAUCUAUAAUACCACUCAAAUUAAGAAAACUAUAAAUGUUGUGCAGUCUACAAAAUAUAAAGUUUUAACUACCAGUAGUGAAACUUUUCUGGACCACCGACCUGCUUCACCUAAAUGCCCCUUUGACUCGCCUAAUAGUGUUGAUAUUGAUUUUAACACAUCAGAAAUAUUUUCAAAUGUUCAAAAUCGUACUGCUGAAUCUUUUCUGCAAAAAACAUAUGACAAACCUUUGAUAAAUGACAAAUUGGAAAUACCCAAAUCAUGCAAUGUUUUGAAACCAUCAAACAAACAAACUUUUGAGACGUCUGCCUCUGAUAUUUUUGACAAUAUCACAUUCACUCCUCUGAAAAGUGCUGCAACAAAAAAUGAAAAACUAAAUAAUGGGCCUAAAAUUGUAUUGAGUAUACCUUCCGAAAGUGACUAUGAUGACAGUUUAGACAUUAAAGAUGGGAAUAAAGAGAAUGAAACCCACUCAAUCAUUUGUAUUACAUCAACUCAUUUGACCAAUAAUAGGUGGUUAACAGUAGAUAGCCACACCAAAUUGGGUAAUACGGAAAUUGAAACCCCUAAGAUUGUAAAUAAAAAAAUUCCAAACACAUCUUCACCAAAAGAAUUAAAUAGUCCAAACUUUUCCAUAAAUACCGAUUUUUCCCGUAUAAGUGACUUGUCGUUUUUCCCGCCACGAUUUUCAACAGAACGCAAGAUGUUCCCGAAAAUUAAUAAUGACACUCACGAUAUAAUAGAUGACCAUCAUAUGAAACUAAGUUCCGAUACUUAUACAAAAGAUUCGCCCAAUACACCAUUUGAAUAUCACGUGAACCAAAUCGAAUCAAGGCAGUGUUAUCCUCUGAAGGAACAAAAUCAACGAAUGUGUAGACAAGCAUUAUUUAGAGAACAAGAUAUACGGGACUACAAUGAACGAAAUUUCGUUACUCGUGCAGAACAUAAUUCCUGGCAAAAUGAUUUGAGAAUGGAUAUAAGAUCGCCGCCUAGAUCUAUAACUCCACCUUUACAAUCCAUUCCCGAAGAAAGUGUUCAAUUUUCAGACACGCAUACGUUUGAUAGAACAAAUCAGCAUAUGGAUACAUUCUCUGUUAAUCGUACUUAUAAUAAACAUGAAAAAACAGUAAAUAGGCAAACGGCUUGGUCAAAAAAGGCUGUUGUUAAAUCGAAGAUUUUACCAUUAACGAGGGCUUCUGCUACGAAAAUAAAUUCCACCUUUGAUGCGAAUAAAAGUAACGCUACGAAUGUUACUCUUAAUUAUAUCCCAAAUGUUUAUUCACAAUCACUAACUGUUGAUCCUUUCUUAUCAACUACGUAUUUUUAUGAUGAAUCUCUGAUUCAAAAAUUUGAAAGAGACUUCAAACGUUGGCUAAAUUAUAUAUUGACACCUCCCGAUCUCGAUAGUAAUGUUGAACAGAAAAUAGAUGUAGGUAAGGCAUGGAUUGAAAAUAGAAAUAAAGAAAUUCCAACAGCUCCGACUAGAGAAAAAGUUUGUAACGUUUAUCACAAUAGUCAUCGACUCGAAAGUUUACGUAAAUCCGCGAGAACUUUGCUUAAAACCCCAGAAAUAUCUCAAGUUCUUCUUAAAUUGAACGCUCAGAUAGACAAGAAACUGAUUGCCAUAAGAGACGAUAGAAAUUUACAUUUAGAUAUUGGAUUACAGAAGACCAUUAUGGAAAUUAUACUCUCGUAUAAUCCACUGUGGUUGCGUAUAGGCUUAGAGGCAAUAUAUGGCGUAAUUUUACCUUUGAAAUCAAACAGCGAUAUAGAGGGAUUAACCUUGUUUAUCAUCCAGAGGAUGUUUAAGAAUCCCUUUUUAAAAAAUAAACAUUCAAAAUCGACUGCACCAAACAUGCUGCUGCCGGCAUAUAUAGAGGCGAUCAAGAAGUUUAGUUUGAAGAAAUUUUUCAUGCUGGUAUUCUUUCUAGAUCAAGCAAAACAAAAGAAGUUGAUAUCGCACGACCCUUGUUUAUUUUGCAGAAAUGCAAUAUGCAAGGAGAGUCGUCAAAUAAUAAUCCGUUUCACGCGGGAACUUAUAGCCGGAAUUGGCGAUAUCACUAAACAUUUACGACCACUGGGUUAUGUGGUGGUUCACAAACAAACAUACCUGGAUGAGUACAAAUAUGGUGUGAACGACAUAGCGAUUGAUUUAAGGGAUGGAGUGAGGUUGACAAAAGUUUCUGAAAUUAUUCUAAUGAGAGAUAAUCUACUCAGUCAGCUACGUGCUCCAGCUGUUUCGCGCUUGCAGAAAAUACAUAACGUUGAAGUUGCUCUCAAAGCUUUAAGAGGUGCAAACUUUAAGAUUGAAGGUGAAAUUACUUCGACUGACAUUGCAGAUGGUCACAGGGAAAAAACAUUAUCUCUUCUGUGGCAAUUAAUUCACGUAUUUCGUGCACCUUUAUUCGAAAGAGCGGCCAACGUUAUACAAAUUUGGUGGAAGAAGAAAUAUGAAGUUAUUGCUGAAAAGAGAAGAGUUGAAGAGGAAAUACUCAGAAAGAGGAUUAUUGCUGCUGAAAUUAUUCAGUACUGGUGGCGACGUAUACAGUAUAAACGCAUGUAUGAAAAGCGAUUGUAUGAGGUUACUUGUGCUGUUAUUACUUUACAGAAAUUUUGCCGAAUGUGGCUGUGCCGUAGCCGUUUGCGCAAGUAUAAAACAAGUGUUCUAAAAAUAGAAAGAUGGUACACGAAUUUGAAAUUAAUACGAGAAGCUAAAGAGAUAUUACGAUCUAAGAGAGAAGAACGUAGACACAAGUGCGCUGUUCUUAUUCAGGCAUAUGUCAGACGCUGGUCCUGUAGGAAACAUUAUCAAGAAACAUUGGAGAAAGUAGUUUAUAUUCAAGCUCUAGUUCGUAGAUUUUUAGCGAAAAAACGAUACCAAACUUUAAGAAAUUGCACUUUAUACAUUCAAAGAACGUACAAACGUAAAUUAUUGAUGAAAAAAGAUAUGAUGCACUUUGCUGAAGUUAAAGAAAAAGUGGUGCGUAUACAAAACUAUUACAGGAUGAUUAAACAACGCAGACUGUUCUUAUCAAUAAAAAAUGCCGUUAAGACUAUUGAAGAGCGCUACAUAGCGUUGCUAAAGAUGAGGGACGAGCGGAGGAAAUUUACGGAACUGAAAGAAGUAACGAUAAAAUUACAAGCAAAUUAUAGACGUAAAAUAUGUAGAAAUGAUUAUAUUAAAAAACGGAAUUCAAUUAUAGCUUUACAGAGAAGAAUUAAAGCAUACCUAACUAUGAGACAAACAAGGUUGGAGUAUCUCAAAUUAAGAGAGAGUACAAUCAUUUUACAAACUUAUUUAAGAUCUUAUUUGAGAAUGAAAAUAAUAAGAGAUACAUAUCUGAGACAGAGAAAAGCUGUCCUGACUAUCCAAAACUACUACCGAUCAUUUAUGAAAACCAAAAAACAAAGAAAUCAAUAUUUGGAAUUGAAAAAGGCCACUAUAUCUAUUCAAACCUAUUAUAGAGGUUUAUUAAUUAUGAGGCAAGUUAGAAACGAUUUUAUAAAAAUGAGAAAUGCAGCUAUUAUUAUACAGCGACGAUUUAGAGCGAAACUAUUAAUGAAAAAAUUAAAGGAAAAAUACGAAGCAAUAAAACGCGCAGUUCUUACAAUUCAGACACGGUAUAAAGCUCAGAAAGAAAUGAUAUCACAUAGGACACAUUUUGAGACAUUGAAACGCUCUUGUAUAUUUAUUCAAAGAUUCUAUAGAGCUUAUCAAAUUGGAAAGAGAAUGCGCGAAAAAUACCUUCAACAGAAAGAAGCUGCAAUAAAAAUCCAAAAAUGGUAUAGAAACAAUACAAACGGCAAACAGAUAAAGAAACAAUAUGAAAUAACAAAAAAAGCUUGCAUUACGAUUCAAAAAGUAUAUCGUAGUUAUGUUCUCACCAAGAGACAACGAGAAGAGUAUUUGCGAAUUAGAAGUGCAACAGUAUGCUUACAGAAAUAUUAUAGAAAUUAUGUUGUAUCAAAGAAUAUUAGAUUACAAUACUUACAAAUGAAGACUGCUACAGUUACAAUUCAGAGAUAUUUCAGAGCCUAUUUAGAAAUGAGAAAGCAAACAACAACUUAUUUACAAAUACGACACGCAGUUGUAACUAUACAAACACAUUAUAGACGUUAUAGAGAGAUGAAAUUAAUUAGACAAUACUAUGUAGAACUAAAGUCAGCUGCUGUAUGUAUUCAAAGACAUUUCAGAAGCGUGCAAGCUAUGAAAGAAGCGAAAAAACGAUAUUUGUUAUUAAAGAAAUCUACUAUCGUAAUCCAAACAAGGUAUAGGGCUUUACGUGAGAUGAGAAUGAUUCGUAAACAAUAUUUAAGAAAAAAGGCUGCUAUUAUUCUAUUACAAAGAAAAUUCAGAGCUCAUUGCCUAAUGAGACAAGCAACAAAAGAUUUUGUUGCUAAAAAAACUGCCUGUAUCACUAUUCAGAAGUUUUACAGAGCAUAUAAACAGGGCUCGCAACAACGUAAACUCUAUCUGGAAUUAAGAAACGCUGCAACUGUUAUACAACGCAGAUACAGAGACUUAAUUUUAAUGAGGAAAGAGAGAACUGUUUUCCUUACAAUUAAAUCGGCAGUUAUCGUUAUUCAAAAUACUUAUAGGGCUUACAAACUAAUGGUUAAGCAAAGGAAUAUUUAUCAAAAUCAACGCAAAGCCUGUUUACAAAUUCAAAUGGCAUAUAGGGCCUAUGUUGAAGGUAGAAAAGAAAAAUCAAAAUAUACCCAGUUAAAGUCAGCUGUUAUAUUGAUACAAAACUGGUAUAGAUCUACCAUAGAAACUAAAAAACUUCGCAAGGAAUAUUUACAAUUGCGAAGAGCUACUAUAUUUGUACAGCGCCAUAUAAGGGAAAGACGGUUAGCUCGAAAGAAAACUCUGGUACAAAUUCAAGCCAUUACAACAAUAACAAAUUGGUACAGUACUAUAAAAGAACGCAGACGGUUCUUAGAAUUUAGAAGAAAAGUAGUUAUUAUGCAAUCAGUCUUCCGUAUGUUAGUUGUUCGCAAUUACUACUUGAAAAUAAGGAAUGCGGCAGUAAAAAUACAAAGAUAUUACAGAUCUUAUUUAUUAACGAAGAACUCAAGAAUUCAAUUCCUCGAAGUUAAAGCUAAUAUAACAAAGUUGCAAGCACAUGUUCGAUGUUUUAUAGAGAAGAGAAAAUAUCAACGACUCAAGGCGUCUGUCAUAGCUAUUCAGUGCGCUUAUAGACUUAAAAGAACUAGAGAUCAAAUCCUUAAAAAUAAAAGAGAAAAGGCUGCUUUGUGUAUACAAAAGAACGUACGUAAAUAUCUUGUACAGAGGACUUACAAACGAUACUAUGAAAAGUUAGUAUUCAUACAGAGAUUGUGGAGAGGAAAACUUUUAACGCGUGAUCUACAUUUCGAGUAUAUGCACAAAAGGAAGACAAUAAUAAAAUUACAAGCACACAUGAGGGGGUACUUGGUAAGGAAGGAAAUAAAAAACAAAAGAGAGAAUUUAUUAAAACUACGAGAACAGAAAAGGCAAGACUGGGCUGCAGCAAAAAUUCAAGCUCUAUUUCGCGGACACAGAGUUCGCGUUGCUAAUGAUGCAAGAAUUCUAGAAUGGCGAAGGAGAUGGCGCGAUGAUAAAGUUCAUUCUACUCAGAGGUCACUUGGGGAAAGAAAUGAAGAAGCCAUGGAUGUUCUUCGAAAUAUGUCCGAUAUAGAGACUGUAAUAAGAGCAUUCCGAUCUCUUGAGCUAUUAACAGAGGUGUUCCCGAUGAUGUAUAACUCAAACGCAGCUUCAAUUGUGCGUCGCGUAUAUGUGUACAUGUCUGUAACAAACAGAUCUAUUUCUAGUAUUGAAGUGUUGAAGUCGGCUGCUUCCGUUUUGGUCAACCUGACUAGGUAUAAGAUAACUGGACCUAAGAUAUAUGCGAGAGACCGCAUACCGCCUGUGUUGAAAUUCAUGUGGCGAUUUAGCAACAGUGAGACGCACUUAUUCUGCAUACUAGCUACUUACUUAUGGCUUUUCGCCAAAUAUGAUGAAAUUAAAAAGGAUUUGAAGGAUUAUCUGCACGAAGCAGAAAAUCAUAAAAUAAUGGUGGCAAUUAAAGGCAACGUAGAUAGGAUGAAGAGAAUGGUAACUAACUCGGCGCGGCACAGACUGAGCACGCCACAGUCCAGCCGUUUUGUCUCUCACACGAACCAAUCGGCGCGAGACAUCGGCAAUGUUAGUGUUUGCAGUAAUUCUAGCAAUAGCAGUAACCCCGAUUUGCUACUGCCAGCGUUGGACCCCGACUACGGAAUCUCGCGAGCUGACAAGCCUCGAUACUUUGAGGAUGCCCAACAAGCGAUUAACUGUCUCUUCCAUGUUUUUGAGUUGUAAUUGUAUGUUUUUAUUGUAUUAAUAAUGUAUUGAGAUGUGUCUGAUUGAGAACACUUAAAUUGGUAUACCCAUUUAAGUUUUCUCAUAGGGUAAUAAUUAUUGAAAUGAAAGAUCUAUAGGUUAAAAGUAGUAUAAAUAUUUAAAUAAUAUAUUAAUUUGAAAAAUAUGAGGUUAAUCCUUAUAUUUUGCAAAUUAAGAUAUAUCCCAUACCUAUUGCCAUAUCUACCCUUAAAAAAAAAUCUGUUUGUAUCACUUGUUUUCUCUUUGCGUGUAAUUUUUAUUUAUUUGAUAAAUUUUAUACUCCAGUCUCAAAGACAAAUCUCAACACAUCUUUUUAUUGCUGUAAUAAUUUAAUCUUGACAUAAUCAUGUUAUUUUUAAUGUUAACUCUCGCUUUGUAAGUAAAGUGAUUGUAUGUUUAAUUUAAUAAAAUAUAAUAUA